CCGCAAUUUCACUUUUACCUUUCAUUCGGUCAAUUCAAGUUUACUUAACAAUAGCUUAAUUUAAAAAAAAACUGUUUUACUAAAACAUCGAUCAAUGUUACAACGAACUACGAGAACUUUUAUAAUUUGUUACUUUCUGCCACGGAACCCUUCAUGGGCGAGUCCGACUAGCACUUGAUUGCUUAUUUAAGUACAAGGGUAAGGUUUUUCAUCGCAUAAUCCAACUGAUCAAAUAAUAAUUAUGACUAAAUUGAUGUACUUUUUUAUUUUAGGUACGUAGGUAUUUACCAAUCAGAUAAUAUUUUUUUUUUAUAAAUUGGCCGUCUUUGUUUACUCAUAGAAAAAAUCCGGCCAACUGCGUGUCGUGCCAUGCGCAGUGUUGGGUUCUGUAGUUGCCUGUACCACAAUAUAUUUGAACAGGAGUAUUAUUUUCUAUAUCGGAAAUUAGAAAAACCAAUUAAUAUGAAUCUACAUAUUUUUAGAUUAGUUUUUUUUUAGAUUUUGUUGUAAUGUAAGGUUUAAGCUACAAUAACUUCAUCUAUGUCGCUAUCAAUGUUUCUUUUUAAAGAAUUUUCAAUUGUUAAGAAAUUUUCGUUAACCAAAGUUGAACUACUAUUACUCUUAAAGUAACAAAUCUUUCUUAACCGUUAUAGUUUUUCUUAAUAGUUUAUGAAAAGCUCUAUUAUCAUGAUUUUUUACAAGUUUCUCAACCCAAUAGUUUAGCUUUUAGAGGGGGGAUAUCCUACUCGAACAAAAAUUAGUAUUUAAAGUUCAAUAUUGUGCAAACGUAUCUCUAAAUCAAAAAAUAGUCUUUGUAAACCCCUUAGUAAUUUUAUGGGACCUUUUCUACGAUAUCCCACACGAUGGGGUAGAUGAUAAAAAAAACAUCCGCAUUUUAUAUGUUACGGAGAUACCCUAAAAAAAAUUUCAAAAUUUUAUUCUACCAUUUUGUCGGCGUGAUUGAUAUACAUAUUUUCACAAACUACAGCUCUCUAGGGCUCAUAUUCUAUAAAAAAAAACCGAGGACGGACAGACGUCAGACUACGGGACCCUAAAAACGAGUGUUAUUUCACUUAGAGGUAGGUAUUUUAAAGAUAAAUAUUAAACCAAUUGGCCUAUUCAAGAAUAAAAAUAAAAUUCUCUUAGAUCUCUCCCGUUAACUUCUAAAAUGCAAAUGAAAUGUGUACUUUCAGCGUUUAAGCGUAAACAAAAACAAAGUAGAAAUUACUUUGGCGUGUUACCAUUAACUUGUAUAGAAACAACACGACCAAAUUCUACUGAAAUCAUAAUGUUGCAAAAUCUAGUUUACUGACUGAUCAAUUAACAUCCAUUUGGUAAAAUACUGUCCCCCAACGAUAAAUAGACGUGAUGCCAUACAGAACGUCAUAAUUCAAUGUGACUGACGUACUCGAUAUGGACGAUGUUUUAACAUUAGCGACAUCUGUACAGUCACACAAGAGGCGGCGGCGUUUUGCCAAAUUUCUUGGGUAAAUACAGAGUCGUCAAACGUUCGUUAAGGAAGCCCGGACAUGUUUGCUCUGAGCUCUCGCCGUAUGAGUUCACUGCUGGCUUUGGCUGUUCCAAAUAGUUGCAGCGAAAAUCAUAAAAGAGGGAAGCGGUAUCUGAUUUUUACACCAUCGACACAAUGGGGAGUGUUCGCUACAGUAUCCGUCCCUUUACACCCAGAAGCGACAGUCAGUGUUGCGUGGUUUUUUGAAGCAAACUACUAUAUUGUCGAUAACACAACUUAUUACCAACCUCUGCUGGGUGAUAUAGCUGUCAACGGCCGACAGUCUCGUAGUGCUAUCCACUCUCCAGGGAUGUUUACUAGGGCAUACGUGUAUACCUUCGCUGAAGCCAUGCUAGAGAAACACGGUUUUAGUGGAAAGGAAUGCCUAUUGAGGGCCAUUUGUGAGAACUCCCACAUUUCUACACUACACAGCGGUAUCAUCGGGGACUUACUGCAUUUUGUAUUGACUCCUUCCACCUCGCUGUCAGAAGAAAGCGUUGAAGACACUUAUUACGAAGCAGAAUACUAUGGGUUAGAAAGACAGUGCCAUCAAUAUGAACACGACUGCCCAUCCAACCCGUUAGAUUUCAUAUCAGUCUUCAUAGAGAAUAUUAAAUAAUAACACAAUUUAGAUAAAAUUAAAUAGUGAUUAAACAAUUGUUCCUUAAAAAAUUAAAAGUUAAGAUCUUGGAUAACCCACGCGAAUUAUUUAGUCUAAACAUAUUUGGUUAAUAAAUCAAAUUUAUUUGGAAACAAUUGGAA